GUAUCUAGAAACCUUUUUUACAAUAGCCAAUCAAGGGCUCUAAAAACUAGGUCAAUUUAGAAACUCCCUAAUUGAAUUUUUCAAAACUUUGAUGGAGGAUUAAAACUUUUUAGAGGAUUACUUCAUCAAAAUGAUGACUAUUCAGCCUAAAUCGACUUUGGAUAGUUUACCCAAACAGUUUGUUACAAGCUUAAGGACACUUUUUGAUAUUUUAGACGACAAAAAUCUAGGUUUUGUGAACAUAAGCGACAUUGAAAGUAGAUGGUCCCAACAGGACGAUGGGAUAGUUGGAUUACCUAAGGGUAUUAUAGAAGCUUUACAUAAAGUGACACCACCAAAUGGACAGUUAUCAUUUGAAAGAUUUGUUGGCGGACUCAAAAUUGCGAUAUUACGUUCCAAGAAUGAACCACCUAUGAGUCGAAGUUCAGUUGGAAGCCACGACCGAGUCCAGGAUGGACCAUAUACUCAGCAACAUAGGAGACAUCUUAUCUCAGAUCAGGAAAUGCCUCCCCCUCCUCCACCAAGAUACCAACAACCUCCACCUUACACAAAUCGCAGUGAUAAUCCACCUGAACAACCCCGCCCAUUCCAAUCUUAUAGACAGCCAGCGACGCUUUCUGUGCGCCCUCAAAAGGUUGCCCCUCAGCAACGCACAAUGAGCAUGCCACAACUGAACAAAAACAAUGAUUACCAGCCUCAUUCAGUUCAACAUAGACCCCAGAAUGCCAACAUUUACCAAUCCGCAAGGUCUAGUUCACAAUUGCCUUCCAAUUCUGUUCCUUCAAUGAAUAAUGUAAACCCAAUACCAAAUAAGGAUAGUCAACCUCGGGAACGAUUGGGUAGCGUACCAGCAAGGAGAGAUGAACAGCCCUAUGACAUUCCAGCAAGUAGUAGAGAUUCAAGAUCUGUUUUUAAUGAGCAUGUAAAUAUGGCACUACCAAAUAAAACUGGAAGAUCUGCUGAAGAGCCAAUAGGUGGGGCUGUCGCAGUCCGAAGACGAGAUUCUGUGAAGAAACGUGAGGCAAGACGUCAUACCUUGUCAAGUGGGGUUGAUUACAAUAUGAUAAAACGUAUAAAGCAGUUAGAACAGGAAAGAGACAUUCUAAUGCAAGGUCUACAAUGUGCAGAAAAGGCCAAGGACUGGUACCACGAACAAUUAAAUAUAGUAACUGAAAAGCAAAAAUAUAUUGGAAAAUCAAACACUGUUGACAAUUCUGUUGAAGCGGCACAAGAAAGACUAAACUUCCAAACAUCUCGAAUAUUUGAAGUUAACCAACAGCUACAAGCUUUGAUAGACAGUUCUGAAAAGGGGUUUCCUCUACACAUGGGUCUUGCUGUUCCUCACAAAGCAGAAAGUCAAGUGAACUAUGACCCCAAUGCACUGGAAAUGAUGAAAGCUCAAAACAGACUUUUGACUCAGGAAGUUGGCCAGAAAAGUGGAAGAAUCUCGAUACUGGAACGGGAAAAGGCUCAAUUGAUCCGUGAGAUGUUUGAUGCUAGAUCCAAAUCUAAACCACAAAACUAUGAGGACUCAACUUUUAUGUGAAAACAAUAUAAGAAUGAUUCAUGUGAGGAUUAAUGUUCAAACGAGGACUAAAUAAGUGAGGAUAAUGUUCAAAUGACUACUUUGUUGGCGUUAUAUGAGGAUUUAAUGUUCAGAUCAAAUGAGGACAUCUGGGACUUUGUGUUAUUAAUAUUAUGAUAAAUGAUCGAGGAAGGACAUAUACAUAUUAA